AUGGAUAUUUUAUUAAAUAAUGGUAUACCAGCAGUUUAUUAUGAUAAUUCUGUAUAUAAAUUAAAAGAACUUCUUACAGAUUUGGAUAGUAGUACAUAUCAAUUGCCACUUAUAGUUAAUAUAAUAUCAUUAAAUAAUUAUGGACGAUCUAUAAAAAAUAUUUUAAUUAAAAAUACUCCAUUACUUUUAUUAAAAGUUGAUCAACUUGAUUCUGUUAUAGCAGAUUAUUAUGGAUCAUAUGAUGGACGUAGUUCAUCUCAACGUGGUCGAUUAACAUUAUCACAAAGUAAAAUGAUGACAAAAUCAUCAACAACAGUUCGUACGAUGAAAAAAUUAUCGAAAUCAGUUGCUUCUCUAUCUGCAGCAAAUCAAAAAGGUAAUAAUAUAAAUGAUGAUGAUUAUCCUCAUGAUGAUGAUGAUGAUGAGAAUGCAUAUAAUCUACGAACAUUUAUUAAACUUUUAAAUGAAAAACGUUCGUCAUCUGUUUCAUUAUGUCGUAUACCAUGUGAAUAUCGAAGUUUUUUCGAAUUACUUAAUGCAAAUGAUCAACCAAUUGAACCUUAUUAUAAAUUAGGUGAUUUACCUAAAAUUGAAUAUGAUGAUAAUGAUUCCGACAAACGUAGUGAAAAAACUCCAAUUGCUGUUUUUCUUCGUAGUUCAUGUAAUGCAUAUACAAAAAAAGAAACAUAUGAUCAAAGAUCAACUCUAACUGUUAGUGUUGAUUCAUGUUAUGAUUCAUCAUCAUCAGAUUUAGAUUUACACAAAAAUACUGUUAUAUUAAAUGAUGAUUCGGAAAUUCUUCAUGCUGGACAAACUUUAGUUAUUUUAGACGAUUGUUAUGCUAUUCGAACACAAAUACCUUAUAAAGAAAUAAAACAACAUAAACCAUCAAGUCCUUCAUCACCACAUUUUUCACCAACAAAUUGGAUGCGUGCUACGACAUCAAGACUUUUUUCGUCAAAAAAACAUCGACAGUCAAAUCAUCUUGAAACUAUAUUCAAUGAAAAUAUACGUAGAAAAUCUACUCCGGAAUCAUAUGAACAUUAUGUACGAUGUCGAACAGAACAAAAUAAUAUUGUUUAUAUAUCUGUUGAUGAACCAGCACUUUUUAGUUUACUCAAUCGUGAAAAAUACUGUUCAGAAUUAAAGACACGAAUGAAUUAUAUUGAUAUAUCGGAUGUUUUUCAAAUAAAAGAUAUAUUAUCAAAUUUUCGUUUUCCGAUAAAUGUUCGCCUUCUUGAUGGUCCACUUUCAUUCGAUAAUAUUUAUGCACCAGCAGUUAUUAAUCGAAAUGAUACAUCAUGUUUAACACCAACAAAAUUACGUUUACUUGGAUUACAUAAUGAACGAAUUGUUUUUGCAUGUCCAUUAAAUAAAGUAUCAUUAAAAGCUGCUAAAACAUCAUUACCUUAUAUCGUUCUUCCACUUUCAGUUAAUGCGGAUAUUGAAAUUCAACCUUGUACAAAUAUGAAUGAGAUAUUAAGAACUAGUGGCUUUCGUAAAAUUAUAAAAAGUUGUGCACAAAUAAUUCAAUACUAUCAUGAUGAAAUAACACUUGUUCAUUUUCCUCUUUCAUUAACAAUAGAUCGAAAUCAACGAAAACGAGGAUUAUAUAAAAAACGUUCACAUUCGGCAUCAUAUACAGAACCUUUGGAUGAAGAAUUUAGACAAAGAAUUCUACAUUCGGCAGAACAAUUAAAUAAUCGUCGUCGUCAUUCGGAUGAAUUAUCAUUUUUAACAGCUUAUUCAUUACAUAAUCGAGAAAGUGAGGAUACGGUUAAACAAAAAUCAUCAUUAGACACUGCACAACAACAAACAACCCAUCGACCUCGGAGUCGUCAUGUAACAAUAAAAGAUAAUAGAAAAGAACCAUAUUCUCCUGAUAUAGAACCUACAUCUGAAGAUCAAGUAUAUGAAGAUCUUGAUAAAAUUUAUGAUUAUAUUCGUACAGGUAGUCCGAGUGAUGAUGUAAAGAAAAUUAUAGCUGAACACAAAAGAAUUAUUCCUAAAAAGUCAGCAACAAAAAAACAAAAUCGACAAUCUCCAGCGGCAAGUCCUGGUCCAGAAAAAUUGGGAUCAAAUCGAUUUCUUAAUAAAAUCGAUAAUUGUAAAAGUGAUGAUCCUGAUUUACAAUUUCAUCCAUGUAAAGACGAUGGAUAUGUUGACAAUGAACAAGCUCAUGCACUUUUUAUAGCAUCGAAAGAACGUAAAAGCGAACUUUUACAACAAGAUUUAUCUGCUCCAAAACCAACAACAAAAAUGAAAAGAAUAUCUCGAAAUUAA